AUGUCUGGUGGAGAAUCGUACGAGGUUCAGGUUCAAUCUUCGAUGCACAACGUUCGUUUAGGUUAUAGCGGCGAUGGCUCUGCUAUGUACAAACCGAUGGUUUCGUCACCCUCUCCGACACCUACGUAUCAGCUUACUGUCAGUGGUGUUGGUGGCGAUGGGUCUGCAGUUGCGGCGGCGGUGGCGGCUCCUCAGCCGAGCAUCAACACCAGUGCCGGUGAAUCGAUGAAGAGGAAGCGAGGGAGGCCUAGGAAGUACGCUCCGGAUGGUUCUAUGGCUCUUACGGUGAAAUCUACUCCACCGUUGUCCGGAACGGUACAGCCUCCUACUCCGCCAUCCGCUGCGACCGGAGCAGUGUCAGCGUCGUCGGGGAAGAAAAGAGGCAGGCCGUUUGGUUCCGGCCGCAAACACCAAGUUGCUGCUCUAGGAUCAGCUGGGGUUGGAUUUACACCACAUAUUAUAACAGUGAAAGCUGGAGAGGCAGUAUUUGGAUUGGCCCUUGGUCUUGUGGUAUUGGGCUUUAUUGGGUCGGAUUGGAUAUGGAGUGUUCUGCUGACUGCUGGUAUUAAGGGGAGGGGUGGAGAGGUGUGUGGGUUGUGUUGGGAAUAUAAUGCUCUUCUAAAGGUGAGAAAGGUGACAGUUUAG